UUCCGACAGGUGGUUGGGAUAGUUGCUGUCCUCAAAGCGCCGCUGUCCAUUGCUUCACUUUCCAAGCUGAUCCAUCUCGAAGAGUGUAGUAUGCGCACUAGGCUGGACUCGUUUCAGUCUAUCUUGAUCAUCCCAGAUGACAGCAAUAAAUCAGUUUCAUUUCGCCAACCGUCCUUCCGAGAAUUUCUUCUCGAUCCAAAUACCAGCGAUAAAACAAGGCUUUCAGUGGACAGACAGUCGACAAAUCGAGAGUUAGCGCACACAUGUAUUGAAAUCAUGGAUUCUCAACAUGGUCUUCGACAGAACAUAUGUGGCCUGACUAGCCAUGUAACCUCAAAAAAUGAUGUUGGAAUCGAGAAUAUUAAAGAGUGCCUUUCAGCAGAGCUCCGCUACUCUACCCGAUACUGGGUUCAUCAUCUUGAACAAGGAGACUUGAUCGAUCACAACCAGAUACAUGAAUUUCUCAAGAAACAUUUCCUUCAUUGGCUGGAGGCGAUGAGCAUCUUGGGCCAUUUACCAGACGUUGUAAGCAGUAUCAAUGUACUACAACAUAUGAUACAGCCCCAAGCUGGUGCCGAGUUAUCCAAGUUCUUGUAUGAUGCCGAACGAUUUCUUUUGAAGAAUAUGCAAAUCGUCAAGUCACAUCCUCUCCAAUUAUAUUCCUCUGCACUGGUAUUUGCGCCAGAGGAAAGUGUUAUCAGGAGCACAUUCCUUCAUUGUAUCCCAUCACACUUCACCCAGCUACCCAGUGUACCUCAGAAUUGGGGUGCAAAUCUACAAACACUGGAAAAAACAGACCGCUGGGUCUCGAUGGAUCACGUUGGCUAUUCCCCGGAUGGACAACUAUUGCUUUCAGUUGCCCAUACAUUUAUUUUGCGACUGUGGGAGAGCAGCACUGGUAAUGUGCGAGAUAUAGAACAGGCCCGUUCUACUGAUAUCCAAUCACCCACGUUGUCACCAGAUGGGCGGCUGUUAGCUGCAGACUCCGUUGACUGCUCAGUACGAUUGUGGGACUCGCUUUCAGGUAACCUCAAACUUAUCUUGGAAGGUCAUACGGGCUGUAUUUGUCUGGUCAAGUUUUUAUCAAAUCAACAGUUGGUCUCGGCAGACAACCUUGGAACAUUCAAAACAUGGGAUAUUGUGUCCGGAAAGCUGCUGCGAAGCGUACGUUUGAAGCGUUACAGACGGUCCGAGAGAUGUCUUAAGAUGCAAUUCUUGCCUGAGAAGAACUUGCUAGCCGUGGGCUUAGGGACAGGCACAAUACAGCUCUAUGAUACGGUCGACGGUCAGGUACGGUAUACACUGACAGGCCCUUGUGCAAGAAUUUCAUCCUUGGUGUUCUCGCCAGAUGGAAAUUUAUUAGCCUCCGGAUCGGCUGAUGGCACAGUGAAAUUCCGGAAUAUCCACGAAGGCACUCUGCAUGAUACAUGGCACUGCCACACAGGUUCUGGCGUGGUUGACAGUGUGGCCUUCUCCCAUGAUGGCAGAUCAUUGGCAGUGGCCUGUGAGGGGGGGCUGAACAUCUGUAAUCUAGACACCAGCUCGAUCUCAUCCACACUUGAUAGCCGCGCCAUGACAUCCGUGAGCUUUUCACCUGAUGGCCGACAUGUGGUGUCUGCGCACGAGACUCUGGUGAUAAUCUCUGAUACAACUGAGAGUGAACAAAAGUUCCCUCUGGAAGAGCAUCAGGCACCGUGGGCCUUCAUGGAGCUAUGGGAUGUUUCGACGGGUACAGUACAACACGUACUAGAGUUCGAAGCAACUGGCUAUGCCCUGGUCACCUUCUCUCCACAUGGCCGACUCUUAGCCGGGUACUCGGGGAGGGAUGGGCUCAUGAAACUAUGGGAAGUAUCCACCGGGAAGUUGCGACAUACUUUAGCAAUCCAUGCUAAGCAAGUUGGAUCGCUUCGGUUUUCCCCAGACGAGAGCCUGCUGGCCUUUGAGCUCGUUGACGCAACAACACUAUGGAAUACCACCACGGGCUGGAGCAAGCAGAUCCCAAGGCCAGAACACUUGUCUAACUAUUCCACAAUCUUCAACACUUUCACCCCAGAGUUGCAGUUCUCCCGAGAUGGUCUAUCAAUAUUGUCCUGCGAAGGGGAAGUCAUAAAGAUCUGGAACACAACGGACGGCUCUUUACAUCGAACCCUGACUGGCCAUUCUGGCGUCAUUGAUGCAGUCGCCUUCUCACCAUCUACCGAUCUUCUGGCCUCCAGCUCACGGUAUGAAAAAACAGUGAGAAUAUGGAAUAUCACAUCAGGUACACAGGAACGUGUGAUCCAAGGCGUCUACACACGUGAAUUGGAAUUCUCGCCCGAUGGCAAGCUGCUGGCUGGAAAAUAUCAUGACAACAUCAACGUGUGGAAUGUUUCAGACGGAAUGCUGCAGCAGACGUUGGAAUUGUUCGACUGGCCUCUGCACGACUGCAAUGCCGAAAGGUCCUGGUUUCUGGACCCCAACAGUGAUGAAUACACAAUGCGUCAAACGGAUCAAGACAGUCUCAUGAUAUUAACUGCUGAAUGGAUACUUCUCGGACAGGAGAAAAUCUUGUGGAUUCCACCGGAAUAUCGAGGGGAGCUGGCGACCUCGCGUGUGAACGGGAAUACGGUCGUCAUGGUGGAUAUGGUGGGUCAUGUGUCCUUUAUAGGACUGAAUAGGUCUUUGGGAGGCUAG